AUGGACACGACCCAGGCUGUUGCGAGAGUAACUCAAGCAAUGAACGAGUGGCUCCUCAAGGACGACGGGGUUGAAAAAGCACAAGCUUUAGUCCGUCUGAGACAGGCAGAGCAUGAUCUGGCUGUGCUUGAAGGAGCUGAGAGUGAAUCUCCCACUCUUACCAGACUGCUUGUCAAGCUGAAGCAUGCAGAGCAUGCCCUGGCCAAACGAGGAGGAGACAAGCAGAAGGUUGCCGAGGCACUAGUAAAGCUGAGGGAUGCAGAGCAUGCCCUGGCCAAACAAGGAGGAGACAAGGAGAAGAUUGCCGAGGCACUAGUGCGGCUGAAGGAUGCAGAGCAUGCCCUCGCAGUAGAGCAGAGGAGAGCACAGCAUGCCCAUGCCCAAGAUGAAGGAAACCAAAAGAAGAUUGCCUUGGCACUAGUGCGGCUGAGGGAAGCAGAGCAUGCCCAUGCCCAAGAUGAAGGAAACCAGAAGAAGAUUGCCUUGGCACUAGUGCGGCUGAAGGAAGCAGAGCUUCAAACAGUUGCCAAUGGAGGACAGGGAGAUCUUGAUCGUCUUUCCAAAGAGCUCGAGACUGCAAGGCUUGCACUCCUCUCGCAGCAAAAUGAUGGAGAUACAAGCAAUUUCUUUUCGAGUGAGUCUGUACACUUGCCCGGAAUGCUAAACCCUAACUCCAUUGCUGGCAGUAUUGAGCGAGUUUGCCAAUCAAGUUGGCGAUGUGAAUCAGAUUUCCAAGCCCUUGCAGGAAUGCCUUGA